UUUGGAUACAUAUCCACGUAUCCUUAAUUUUUAAUUUUGAAGUGUCCGAUCCUUAGAUACGCACCCGUACCCGAUACCCGUAUCCGAGUCCGUGUAACCUAGGACGGGGUCACUGUUAGUAUUUCCUGAAGAGCAAGAAAUUCAUACCUAGAAAUGAGGAAAGUUUGUGCAAAGAAAACCCUAGUUUGUGUCCUACAGGAAAAGGGCAUUCAUAUAUGGGACGGAAAUGCAUCCAGAGACUACCUUGAUAGUAUUGGUUUAGUUGAUAGAGAAGAAGGUGACUUAGGUCCUGUUUAUGGUUUCCAGUAGAGACACUUUGGUGCUAGGUAUACAAACAUGCAUGCUGACUACACUGGCCUUGGAUUUGAUCAGUUGUCAGAUGUUAUUGACAAGAUUAAGAAUAAACCAGAUGAUUGGCAAAUUAUUCUAUCAGCUUGGAGCCCCUCUGAUCUCAAAUUGAUGGCACUUCCCCCUUGCCACGUGUUUGCUCAGUUCUACGUAGCCAACGGGAAGUUAUCGUGUCAAAUGUAUCAGCGCUCUGCUGACAUGGGUCUGGGUGUGCCAUUUAACAUUGCAUCUUAUGCCCUCUUGACAUUCAUGAUUGCUCACAUUUGUGAUCUUGUUCCAGGCAAUUUUGUCCAUGUUAUUGGGGAUGCUCAUGUUUAUCGCACUCAUGUCAGACCUUUGCAGGAGCAGCUUCAGAAAGUACCUAAACCUUUUCCAAUUUUGAAGAUCAAUCCUGAGAAGAAGGAUAUAGAUUCCUUUGUGGCAGAUGACUUUAAACUCAUGUGUUAUGAUCCUCACCAGAAAAUUGAAAUGAAAAUGGCGGCGUAGAGUUACUACUAUGUGGAAGAUAUGUUGUUCCCUGUUGUCAAAACAAUAUCUGCUCUUAAGUUUGAGGCACAGCUGCCGGAGGGUUUUGUCAGCAUAGAUUUUUACGUACAAAUAAAGAACUGCUAGCGGGAUAUUACCAAUUAUUACAUAUGUGGGGACUGAGAAUCCUUUAGUUUGACACAGAAAUAGUGGAUCUAAGGUGAUUUAGGAUUUUGUGUUUGGUUUGGUUUGGUUUGGACCUGUUAUAUGAAGUUUACACCUUUUUAAGUGCUGUAUAUACCAGUGUACCGAUGAACAGACUUGGAUUAUGAGUUCUUCCCAGUUCUCUCUUUAUUACAGAUUGCUAAACCUAGAGAUGUUUUGAUGACCUCAAUUGAUGUGGUGGGAGACACAGGAUAUCAGAAAAAAUUUGAUUUGGUUUGAA